UCCUCUUUUUCUAUUUUCUUUUUGUUCUCCAGAGAACAAGUUUCACCCUUUCUACUGAUGAUUGUCGUUUGCUCCUGUGUGUGCAUGUAUCUUUUGUUCAUCACGUUGCAUAUCCUGCUAUUUCCAGUUAUUUUCAAAAAGAGUAUCGCAAAAACAGCAAAAAACGAAAGGUUGACUGCAAAUACUGUCUCCUCCUGCUCAGUACGUAGAUAAUGUUAAACCAAGAAAGAGGCAGACAGAAUGUGCAGCGCCUCAGGGUUCAGUGCUAGGACCCAAAUAGUUUGAACAAAUGAACCACUUGCUGUUUGUAGAUGACACUAAACCGAAGGGAAGAGCUAAAAACAUUGAACACGGAAAUGGUAAUGAAGAGAAUUCAAAAUUGGUUAGAUAUAAAUAGAUGCUCAUAAAUGCCGAAAAGAACUUAAAUUGAAGGUCUUUUCUAAUUGAAAUGUGGACGGUAACCUGUGGUUGACAAUUAAUAGAAAGAGCCCAGAUCAAGUAUCAGAGGUGAAAUGACUGUUUAGACGAGCCACUCAUGGUGGCAGCACAUACAGUAAUAAAUAAUGAAGACAGUCGUGUAUGAACAAGUACAAAUACGACUUGAAUGAAAGAGUGUUGAGAACAGUGUACUGUACUCUGAUACACUGCUACAAAAUGAGGGAUUUCAAGAAAAUGCAUCUGACACAGAAAGUGCUGGAUUACUCCUGAGUUGGUCCGGCUCCAGAUCAUGGGCGGAUUUGAACUGAUCUGAUCUUCCUCGUUCCCCGGAGCAAGUUAGUCUCGUUUCUCGUUUAUUGUCAGGAUCUUCGAUGGGACUCUCCCUUAUUUUGGUUCUUUUGGGGAUUAAUGGCGCAAAUGCAGUGUUUCACUCACUGAAAUUCAUCAGAACUGCAUCAUCUGGAGUUAAAAAUGUCCCAGAGUUCAUGGAGGUUGGUUUGGUGGACGAUGUUGUGUUCAGUCACUACGACAGCAACAGCAGGAGAGUCAAACCCAAACAGGACUGGAUGACCCAACUCACUGAUGAUGAUCUGGAAUAUUUCGAGAUAGAAACAUGGAGGUGCAGGAAUGGCCAGUGGACCAGCAGGAACCUCAUGAGAGUUGUUCAAGAAAGAUUCAACCAGACUGGAGGUGUCCACAUACUUCAGGUGAUGUCCAGCUGUGAGUGGGACGAUGAGACUGGAGAGGUCAGAGGUCAUCAUGAGUACACUUAUGAUGGAGAAGACUUUCUAUCGUUGGACCUGAAGACUCUGACGUGGAUCGCUAGAACUCCACAGGCUGUCGACACCAAACACCAGUGGGACAAUAAUGAAGGUUAUAACAGAUAUCUACGGUUCUACCUGACGACCCAGUGUCCUCAGCGCUUGAAGAAGCUUCUGCACUACGGGAGCAGUUCCCUCCUGAGACCAGAGCUUCCAUCAGUGUCUCUCCUCCAGAAGACUCCGUCCUCUCCCAUCGUCUGCCACGCUACAUGGUUCUACCCUCCAAAAGCGAAGUUGUUCUGGACCAAAGACGGAGAGGAGCUUCGCAAAGAUGUUGAUAUUGGAGAGGUCCUCCCCAACCCUGAUGGAACCUUGCAUAAGAUGGCUGAACUGAAACUGUCAGACCCGCCUGAAGCCUGUGAGAAAUUCAGCUGUGUGUUUCAACUUGAAGGCAAAAACGUCUUGCUCACCAACCUGGACGAAGAUUUGUCCAUUUUACCCAAAUGUGAGCCAAAGGACUGGACCGUCCCCAUUGUUGUCUCAGUGGCUGCUGUUGUUCGGCUUGUUACUGUUGCUGCUGCUAUAAUUGGAGUAAUCAAGAGGAGAAGAGCAGUCACCAACAGUUCGAAGGAGGAUCUGAAUCCACUGGAUCCCCCGACUGAAGCUUCUGCACACGGCAUCGGACCUUCGGAGUUGGUGGAUCUCCUGGAGGAAGCUAAUGCGUGAGCAUGAAGAAGUGUCGCAGGGAAAGAAGUAUGGAGCUGUAACAGUGCAUCAGCAGACGGGAAGAACCAUUGCUGUUUUGUUGUCACUUUAUUUUUGUUUUAUUUCAUUUGAUUCUGCUUACUUUUGUCUGGUUUUGUUUUUGUCCUCUUUUCGUUUCCUUGUUUGGUUGUGUCGGUUUUGGUUCAUUUUGUUUUUGUGAUUUGCCUUGUUGCCUUGUUCUUGUAUUGCUUUACAUUAGUACGACAGAGUUGUUACUUCGCGCGCGGGUUUAGUUUCUUGUGAUUUGUUCAUGUUGGGGUUUGUUAGAUGUUCUUCUGCUAUUAGUUCAUUUUUGAUUUUGUCUGUCAUUUUGUUUGUUCAGUUCCCCGUGUGACCUGGUCACCGAGUUACUCUGUGGCAGAGACUAACCACAUUACCUUCAUUUAGCUGCUGGGGCCCAGUGGUACUACACUUCCACAGGUUUGUGCAGCUGCACAUGUUCGACUUGGUACAUUUGUUGUUGUUUGUUAGGAUUCAAUGCCUUGGAUCCUGUCCUCCAUCCCAGUCAACCCCACCUCCACUCAAGUCUCUUUUCUUUUAUUCAUGAUUUUGUCAGUGCUGGGUACACACUGUAUUUGUAUCAAUAAAUUAUAUUCAUAUUUAUCUG